GGCAGCCAUUCACAACACAAAAGGCCGGCAAAAAGCUCCCGGAAUCACCCGCCCUUCCAUGGCCGCCUGCUCAUUCGUCUUUUCUUUGUCUUACUGCUUCACUCUCCUCACCCUUUAUGUUCAUGGAAGCCCAAGCCUCAUCUCUUCCGAUGGCGAUGCUCUCUUGCUUCUUCACGAAGGUCUUGUCGGCGGUCAGGGUCAGCACAAUGCGAGUUUCCGGGAUCCAUGUAAAUCCGCCGGAAUCUUUUGCGGAAGACGGCCGGGGAAUGUUCUGAGAGUCACCCGGAUCGCUUACGAGUCGGAGGGGCUGAGUGGGACUCUUUCGCCGGCGAUUUCGAGGCUGUCGGAGCUCAAAGAGCUCUCUCUUCCGGACAACGAACUCUCCGGCCAAAUACCCGCUCAUAUUCUCAACUGCCGGAAAAUGGAAAUCUUGAAUCUCCGGGGGAACCAGUUUUCCGGCGAGGUCCCACUGAAGCUUUCUUCUUUAGCCCGCCUUCGGAUCCUUGACCUUUCAUCAAACAAGCUAUCUGGGAACCUCAAUUUCUUGCAGAACUUCCCCGACCUCGAAAAGCUCUCCCUUUCCGACAAUCUGUUCACCGGGAAAGUACCCCAGUCCCUGAAAUCGUUCCGGAAUCUCCGUUUCUUGAACAUUUCCGGGAACAGUUUACUGAAAGGUCCGAUGCCGGUGAUGGGUCACGUCGAUUAUCGAUCAGUAUCAGCGUAUCAGCAAAAACGCUUUAUUUUUGCUGAAUUGAAAAACAAAACUUCAUUAGCAUUGAUUCCGAAAGGGAGCGCUCCUCACGCCGGUAAGGCUCAAGGCCCGACUCCCCGGUCAAGCACGGCGGCAGCUGUAGAAAAUCACAACAAGAGCAAAAGGAAACUAAGUAGAUGGAUUAUCGGGUUCACGGCCGGAGCUUUGGCCGGGAUUUCAUCUGGUGUGUUCUUUUCCGUACUUUUCAAGGUACUACUUUUCUUGAUAAACGGGGGUGAGAAACAUUCAAAAUUAACAAUCUUUAGCCCAAUGAUCAAGAAAGCCGAGGACUUGGCCUUCUUGCAGAAAGAAGACGGAUUAUCAUCGUUGGAAAUGAUCGGAAAGGGCGGCUGCGGAGAAGUUUACAAGGCAGAGCUGCCGGGAAGCGACGGGAAAAUGAUCGCUAUAAAGAAGAUCAUCCAGCCGGCAAAGGAUGCUGCCGAGCUCAAAGAAGAAGACAGCAAGGCCAUGAGCAAGAAAAUGCGCCAAAUCAAAUCGGAAGUCCAAAUCUUGGGCCAAAUCCGCCACCGGAAUCUCCUCCCUCUUCUUGCCCACAUGCCAAGACGAGAUUGCCAUUACCUUGUUUACCAAUUCAUGAGGAAUGGGAGCUUGCAUGAUGCCCUUCAGGACGUUUCCAAUGGUAAGAGAGAACUCGAUUGGCUGUCACGCCAUCGGAUUGCGGUGGGGAUCGCUUCCGGUCUCGAGUACCUUCACACUAAUCACACCCAACGAAUAAUCCACCGGGACCUCAAGCCCGCGAAUGUGCUUAUCGACGACGACAUGCAAGCCCGAAUAUCUGAUUUCGGGCUUGCGAAAGCGGUCCCCGACUCCCACACGCACAUCACAACCUCAAAUGUGGCGGGGACGGUGGGGUACAUUGCUCCCGAAUAUCACCAAAUGCUCAAAUUUACGGACAAGUGUGACAUAUACAGCUUUGGCGUUCUGUUGGCGGUUCUUGUGGUGGGGAAGCUCCCAUCGGACGAGUUCUUCCAGACCACCGAGGAGGUGAGUAUAGUGAAGUGGCUGAGGAUGGUGAUGUCUUCCGGAGAUCCUAAGGAAGCCAUUGAUGAUAAGCUCUUAGGGAAUGGGUACGAGGAGCAAAUGAUUUUGGUUCUCAAGAUUGCUUGCUUUUGCACUCUUGAGAAUCCAAAAGAGAGGCCUAAUAGUAAGGAUGUUAGGUGUAUGUUAACUCAGAUAGAGCAUUGAUCGAUUGAGUUAUAAAAGAAUAAAUAUAAGCAAGAUGUUAUGCAAAUAAGCAUGCAUACAUGCAAUGUGUAGUAAAUUAAGAUACAUCUACACACAUGAAAUGUUGAUGUGUGUGUACAAAACAGUAAACCCUAAUUCUCCCUCAUGUUUAGAUGAGUGAAUCCUGACCAUGUGUCAAGUCAACGUGCUUCAUAGUGAGCACUUUGGCGUGCCUCAUAUAUUCACUCUCAAAUUUCCUAUAAUAUGAGUUAAGAAGAGUGGCUUAAUUUCUUUGCGAUAAUGGAAGCUCAUCACUCGACUAAUUUA